CCACCGGGCGCCCUCCCCGGCCGUUUCCCGGGGCCCCCCCAUUUCCCCGGAACCAUCAGCGCUGGGUGCGGUUGCCCACGGAACUGUUUUGCGCGUGUGCGCGCGCAGUACUAUAAACCACGGACGCUUCCGGCGCCUCUUCCGGUGCCGCCAUGUCGCCGCGGGGCGCGGAGGCCGGGCCGGGCGCGGCGCCGGGGCCCGGGGCGGCCUCGCCGCGGGAGGAGCUCGGCGGCUGCUGGAGCUGCCGCCUGCUGAGCGGCGCGGGGCUGCUCAUGGCCGCCGUGUGGCUGUACCAGGGCCCGCGCAGCGCCAUGAGGAACGGCAUCCCCCCCUCCACGUCCGCCAUCGCCCAGAUCACCUUGGCAGCCGCUCUGGGCGCCUGGGCCAUCGUCGUGCUCGCCGACCCCGUGGGACGGAGGCGCCGCCGGGAGCCCUGAGGGACCGCAAUAAACGGCGGGAGCGACCCCGAGAGCCGCGGGGGCUCCUGCGGCCUCCACCGCCCCGGGUCCGCUCAUUUCGCCUUUCUCUGCGCUUCA